AUGGUCGUCACCCGCAGUCAAAGUGACUUGGCUGAGUUGGAAGAGCAACGGCGGGCCCUAGAACGAAGGGACGAAGAAUUGCUGGUGUCAGUUCGUCGCCGGGAAGCGGAACGAAUCGAACGGGAGCGCUUACGACGAGUGUCGCUUAACCCUCCGGCGUCGCCACAGGCGGAGAGUAUGACCGGACCUACGACGACCACGCACGUCGCGACGGCGGGACCAUCGUCUGAGCGACGACCUACCCGAUCGCCGCCGCGGUCAGUGAGGUCCACCACCAGUGCGACGACGCGGCUACGGCUAGCCGAAUUGGAGGCAGCAGAAAAGUUGGCGAACAUUCGCCGAAAGGAACUAGAACUCGAGGCAGACUUAGUGAAGAAGAGAUUGGCUGCCGAGGUAUCAGUGAUCCAAGAUGAUCAAGAAAGCAUUCACGAUCCAAUGCAGGAAGAAUGCCAGCAAUAUAGAGUGGAUCAGUGGCUACGCACCAACCCUCUUGAGUCACGGGGGGAGGGGGGCCGUGACACAGAAACUCGCGAGGAACGAAUGCAACAGCGUUCCGACGCGCCGCGCCGAAGGUCACCUACGCCGACUAAGGCGAGGAAUAGUAUCGAGCAGCUAGCAGCGACACUAGAGAAGAUGGCUAGACCACGAAUACGCCAUACAGACCUUCCUACUUUCUCCGGUGCUGUCAGCGAGUGGCUGCCGUUCAAAGCAGCCUACUACGACACAACGAAAAUGUACUGUGUGUCGCCAUCAGAGAACCUGCAGCGGUUGAGAAGUUGCCUCAAGGGAGAGGCGAGAGAAGCUGUGGCAGCACUUCUGCACGCGGCCACCGAACCUGACACCAUAAUUAAAACAUUGGAGCAGUGCUUCGGCCGACCAGAAGUAAUAAUAGACAAGGCGCUGGAAGAAAUGAAGAAAAUGCCAAAGCCAAGUGCAUCGGCCAGCGACCUAAAUAGCUUCGCUAUAAAAGUACAGAACACGAUCUGCGUACUUAAUACCAUAGACAGAAGAGGUUAUCUGUACAACCCUUUGCUAACAAGGGAAAUACUCGAGAAGCUGAGUCCACAUCUGCGAUCACGGUGGUGCGACUUCGCCUGCGACAACGAAGGCGCAGCAGAGCCCGAGGUCGUGCUGUUGUCGCGAUUCUUGAUGCGCGAGGCGGACCGGGCGUUACGUUAUACUUACGCCCCGCCGACCAGUACCGCCCCUGCAACAGCAAGAAAGGAGACCAGGCCAGCCGUGACGUGGAAGAAGAAAACAAACGCGGUCUACAGUACGAGCGAAGAAGACUAUCAAUGCCCCUGCUGCAGACAGACUCACGUGCUGACUCAGUGCCCGAAGUACAAGGCGAUGAACGUUAAUCAACGCUGGGAAAUUGUAAAGCUACAUAAAAUUUGUUUCAAGUGCGCCCAACGCAAGCACAGGCGCAUCAAUUGCAAGGCAAGGUCGUGCGGUGUAGACCAGUGCCGCCGACCUCAUCAUGUUACCUUACACCAAGAGAGAGCAGAGUCACCCGAGGACAAGUCGGUGACGCAAAGAACACCCACGGAGCCUGCGGACAAGGAGGCGGUCAUGUCAGUGGCUACCCGAACAGCCACCGGCCCAAAGACCGUUAUGCUGAAGAUGUGUCCGGUAGUCAUCGCGGGUCCACGGGGGGAGGUGAAAACACUCGCGCUCUUCGACGAGGGAGCCACCGUUACUCUCAUCGAUGAGGACCUGGCCACGAGCAUCGGCGCUGAAGGUUCGAUGCUCCCAUUACGUAUCCAGGGGGUCAACAUGUCCUCGCAGGAGCAGAAGAGUCGAAUCGUCGAAGUACGAGUGAAGGGCGUAAGAAAGGACAGCGCGUCGCAUAAGCUUCAUGCGCGAACCAUGAAGAACCUGAAGCUUCACCGACAGUCGAUUCCCGACACCGUCCUAGAGUACGAACACCUGCGUGACCUCCCUAAGAACGAAGUAUGCUAUGAACUGACACGCCCAGGACUUCUAGUGGGGACAGACCACUGGGAGUGCAUUGUGUCCCGAGAGCUCCGAGUCGGCGGGCCGAAUCAACCAGCGGCAUCACGUACGCAACUCGGCUGGGUGAUACACGGGACGGCGCCGAGAAAAGCCAUCACCGUGAACCAAGACAAUGUGCUACACAUUGUUGAUUACGAUCAGCAGCUUCACGACUUGGUGGAAGCACAUUUUAAAAUAGAAGCGCUCGGCGUCAAACAAGAACCACGCGUGCGCGAGACCGACCAACGAGCAACCGCUAUAGUCAAGAAAACUAUUAAGAAGAUCGACGGUGGCUACGAGGUCGGACUGCCGUGGAAAUACGAUGACGUCACCAUGCCACCGAGUUAUAACGCCGCGCUGCGCCGACUGAAGGCGAUUGAAAAGAAGAUGGACGCCGCGCCUGACUUCGCCGAGCAAUACAGCACGCAAAUAAAUAAUUUGCUAGAAAAAGGAUACGCAGUGCCAUGCGAUGGUACAGUAGUAAGAAGCGCCGUUUGCUGGUACCUACCUCACUUCGCUGUGAAGAAUCCGAAUAAGCCAGGCAAGCAACGGCUAGUGUUCGACGCUGCGGCGAGAAGCCACGGCGUGUGCUUGAACGAUAGGCUUCUGGAAGGCCCGGACUUGUUGCUGUCACUCCCGGGAAUAAUAUACAGGUUCCGGGAGAAGGCGAUAGCCGUCACCGCCGACAUACAGGAAAUGUUCCUGCGCAUUAAGAUCCGACCGGAAGACCAACCGGCGCAGCAAUUCCUGUGGCGAGGCGACAACAGAACAGAGCCUCCGCGCCGUUACAAGAUGACCAGCAUGAUUUUCGGCGCGGCCAGCUCACCAUAUAUGGCUCACUACGUGCGUGAUUAUAACGCAGACAUGCACAAGAUUGAAUACCCGCGUGCAUUGGAUGCCAUAAAAAGGAGCCAUUAUAUGGACGACUUAGUUAUCAGUUAUGACACCGCAGAGGAAGCUACGAAAGCGAUAGAAGAGAUACGUAAGGUACACGUAGUCGCCGGUUUCACUCUGCGAGGAUGGAGCGCCAGCGACGCGACGGUACUGACCGACGUACCACAAGAGCUGCGCGCCGCCACACCUACGCAGCUGGGAGGAGAAGGCACGACGAAUAAAAUACUCGGACUGUACUGGUGCGCCGCACGGGACGAGCUCGGCUUCAACACGGCCAUGAACCGAGUUCCGUCCGCCGUACGAGAUCGAAUACGUGCGCCGACCAAACGAGAAGCACUCAGCGCCGUGAUGUCGAUCUACGACCCUCUCGGACUGCUGAGCCACUACACCGUCCGAGCGAAAAUAGUCCUCCAGAGUUUGUGGCGCCUCCAAAUCACCUGGGACGAGCCGAUACCGGAGGGAGAGAACGAGCUCUUCGCAGCAUGGCUUGCUCAACUCGGAACUAUCGCACAAAUCCGACUGCCCAGGUGCUACGCCCCGAGAAAGUAUGAAGACCUGGAACUACACGUUCUAUGUGACGCAAGCGAACAGGCUUACGCGACCGUCGCCUAUUGGCGACAUGAAAACUGUAACGGAACCGUGAGCGUCAUGAUAGUCGCCGCCAAGGCUAAGGUGGCACCGAAGAGGACGCAGACGAUUCCUAGGCUGGAGCUGCAAGCAGCAGUCAUCGGAGCUAGACUCGCCGAUACCAUUCGUAAGGAACACCGAAUAAGAAUAACCCGAACAGUGUAUUGGACAGACUCCUCUACAGUAGUACAUUGGAUUCAAAACGACGCGCGACGCUACACGCCAUUCGUCGCGCACCGGCUGGGUGAGAUUAGUGAGCUUACCGCUAAGGAGGAGUGGCGUUGGCUACCUACAGACCUCAACGUAGCCGACGACGCCACACGACUCACCAACGCGCCGAUCUGCGCGACCGACCGAUGGUUUAGGGGCCCCGGCUUUCUACACCUGCCAGAAGAGCAAUGGCCCCAGAAAGGACCAUGCGAUGAAGAACAGGACCAGGAGGUGUUACAUAUCACCGACGGUCCAACGACCGAGAGCUGGCUACCCGAUCCUGCCCGCUUCUCGAAAUACGAGACGUUAGUGAGGGCCACAGCGAGAGUGCUGGCGUUCACUGACAUCUGCUGA